CACUUUGAAUGUCGUUUAGACAAUUAAACACCCGUAAAACUGUCUGCUCAUUGAAAGCUCAGGAUUACUGCAAAGAGAAGAAUGGAGAUGAGUGAGGAGAUUUAUGCAAAUGUAGAAGUUACAGAAGACAAUCAAGUGGAUUCCAGUGACAGUCAGAACUCACAUGAAGAUAUUUAUGUGAAUGAGGACAAAGCGGAGACCCAGAGGGCCAGAAGCUUCAAGCAAUCCGAGAGCUCAGUUACAGGAAUCAACCCCGCAUGGAUGAAAUGUUACAGACUGACUGCAGUGUGUGUGGUGUUGCUGUGUGUUCUACUGCUGAUUGCUGUCACAGUGUUGUGGAUCAAAUUCAACACCCUGACUAAAGAGAGAGACCAGUUACAGAAGCAAAAAGAUGAAUUUCAAAAACAAUAUAUGGGAUGGACUUAUUUCAGUUCCAGUUUGUACUACAUCUCGCAAAUAAAGAAGAGCUGGACUGCGAGCAGACAGGACUGCAGAGAGCAAGGAGCAGACCUGGUGAUCAUAAAGAGCGGAGAGGAACAGGAGUUUAUCCUGAACUUGCUGGGCAGCAGCAGAAGGGCUUGGAUUGGUCUGAGUGACAGAGACACAGAGGGAGAGUGGAAAUGGGUGGAUGGUACACCACUGACCACUGUGUACUGGUUUGAUGGGGAACCGAAUGAUGAUCGUGAUGAGGACUGUGUUGAGAUUUUGGGUAGUUCAGUUUGGAAGAGCUGGAAUGACUUGCCAUGCUCAAAAAUUCAAUUAUGGAUCUGUGAGAAAAGGGUUUUUUCAUAA